GAAGAGGAAGUGGACGAGAAACUUGGUCUAGGUCACCCGCCACGUCGCCGACGCCGGAAACUUCUCCCGACCAUUCAUCGUCCAAAUGAUGAGGGUUCGAAGGUUCGGGUGUUAGAUACGCGCACACGCUCUCCAUCACCGGUCGCCGCAGUGAAUGAAUCCCCUUCACAUGUUGCGGAGACUGUAUUGAUUGAAGAACCAACCAUGGAUCAAUACAUAAUGCGUGGCGAUUUGGCACGUUUGCUACUGCAAGAACUCUGCCGCGCCCCACUGCGUCUAUUCAGAACAGAAGUUAUGGAAAGCUGUUUGGCCUGCUGGCAAUGGCUUGUGGUCGGACGUACCGGUUUGAUUAUUCAAUUUUUGAACGAAUUGAGUGAAGCGUGGCAGACUACCAUUCAUCGUGGUCUCGGUGUGUUCGCGCCGAAUGAUUUGGACGAUGGAGAAGUCGAACCACUGGUCAUUUCAGAAGAAAUUCGAUAUACUCCUCCCGCCUGUGAUCCGGGUCCACAUCAGUUAUGGUCACAGUUCCUCAGUGAACGGCUUUAUGUGGCUCAGUCGUCUAGUCAAGAACAACUGGAUAUUUUCUUUGAUUUACUCCAACGUUCGUUGGCCGGUGAGGUCGCUGGUUUGACACGGUCCAUGCGUCGCAUUCCCGGCUACGGUGAACCCAGUCAACUGAAUCUUGGACCAUCUUAUCAGUCUGCAUCAUCAUACGCCCCAACCGGUCGUCUCGCUCAGAAUGUUAGCGCUCUUGGCGUGCGAUGUCGUCUUGUGGAGAUGGCUUUAAAUUUGCUUCAAAACACUGGAUUCCGACCACCACCGUUGGCACACGGCAGUAGUGGAACUGCGGAAGAUGUGUCAAGUCUGGGCGGUGGCACGACUGCCGCAGGCGGUGGUGCAGGCAGUAGCGCGGGAAGUUUAGUCAGCGGUGGAGGUGCUGGUGUGGGAGUUGGUGCUGGAACUAGUUCGUGGCGUGUGAUAAACGGAAAUGGAAGUCAACAUUCCAUCGAACAUGGUCAUCUCUUCCCCCUAGCCCGUAUUGCACUUCGGGAGAAGGCGUACGCGGCCAUUCUAAAUUACUUUGCUGUCAAACCGCAUUAUCCGCAACACAAAGACGCAGAUUUGUCGGAUGAUUUAAAGGCGUUAUCUCGUGUGUGGUCCUUGAUGCAAGCUGAGAAAAAGUACCUGAGUAUGAGCUCAAUUGGCGCAGAAAUGGAGGCGUUACUGGAAGCUGCUGGUCGAAGUUUUGCACCUUCUAUCAGUAUGACUUCUUACAUGGACGGACCGACUGUUUUGGGCUCUGUCGGCAGUGGUACUUGUGUAAGCGGUACUGGGGCUGCUGUUCCUGGUUCGGGUCUUGUCGGGGCUAGUGGUGGUGGUUUGGCUACUCCAGAAGUGGUUGGAAUGAAUUUCGCCGGGACUUCCACCUCGGGUUCUACAAUUAAUCCAGCCAAUCCAAACGCCCCUGGUGUUCUGACCAUUCCGGCCGGUUUACCCGGGAGUUAUUAUUGUGCGUCUAGCUCAUCCCCCAACAUUCAGCGUGUUUCAACGCAUGCAGUGAGCGAGUUAUACACAGCUGGUGGCACUCUGCCACGUCUCCGAUCUCAGGUUAUGCUCCAGACUGGUGGUCAACCUUUAGAACGGCCCGGAGUCGGGUCGCUAAUUUUACCAUCCUCGUAUUACGCGACCAAUUCGACCAUACAAACUCUACCUUCGGCCGGUAGCACACAUGUCGCUCAUUCGGUUGUCUCGAAGCGUUCAUCGGCCACAGGAGGUAGGAUUUACAUCGUCUAA